CACAAUUAAUUUUGAAAAGUCUCCAAGAAAAGGAACAAAGUUUCAUAUGUGCCAAAUUUUGCAACUUGAUGGGAUCGGAGAAGAGCUGCCAUCGCAAGAAUUUGACAAUUUCACCCCGAUGCCGAGAGAAGACGGUGAGUGUUCCUGUCCUGUUCUCAWGCAAGGUCUUUUGGUUACACUAAAAGRYCCUAUUACAUCAUUGAUCCRAGCCGUUCCUUGGGGAAAACCAUGCCAUUCCGGGCUUAUUGUAAUAUGASCAYUCAUGCUGGUGUUACUAUUAUUGACCAUAACAGUGGAAACCGCACCCUUGUUAAUGGAUUUAACAAGAAAGGGAGUUACAGACGAGACGUGGUGUAUGAUGGGAUAUCUAGCCUCGACCAACUACGAGCCUUGACYURCAUCUCGAAACACUGUGAGCAGUUUAUCAAAUACGAGUGCAACAACUCAAUGAUCUUUUUUCGCAACGGAGAACCUUAUUCGUGGCUUGUCUCGCACGAUGGACGUCAAUUACUUUACUGGGGAGGCGCAUCACGUGACAGCAAGAAAUGCGCUUGUGGCAUGACAAACAGCUGCGUUAAKAAAAAGGCGUGCAACUGCGAUGCAAACGACAGAGUGUGGCGAGAGGAUAGCGGCAUGUUAUCUUACAAAGAAGAUCUUCCAAUAAUAUCCCUCAGGUUUGGUGACACUGGUAUGGCCGAAAUGGGAUAUCACACGCUUGGCUCGCUGAAAUGCUAUGGAAUGGCAGAUCAUUGACCAUUUUCUAUUUAAUGUUUACAUAACUUGUUUUCACCAAAGAACUGAAAUUUUCUCAAAGUAUACGAGCUAUAAAUGUUCAUGAAUAGAUCUAUUAAAUUGAUUUUCUCGCUUUCUUCAUUCAGC